AGUAUAGUGGUGCAGAGGUCGGUGUUAGCGGUGCGUCGUUUUGUUGAUUCCGGGGUCCGUAGGUUAUGUGUGUUGACGUUUUGCGCGAAAAUUUGUUAUAUUUCCAACUAUUUAUGUGUUAUUUUUAUUCGGUUUAUACGAAGGGUUAGCGUACGGUGAUAUGAUAAAAUGGUGUACUUACACUUUCCGUCGAAUUUAACUGAAGAGGAAUUAAUGCUGCAGGCUAAAUACAACAAACUCAAACGGAAGAAAAAAGCCUUGCAAGCUCUAAAAACACCCAAACCGGAGCCUGAGCGUAUACUUCAGUUGCCAAAGAGGCCUACAGAAGCCAGGGAUGCUCGAGAAGUUGCUAAAAAAUUAAUCAAGUCUGGAAUCAUCCCAGCCAUUACGAAGACGCCAAAGCGUCCGGAGCAGUCAUUCAAGAGGCCGAGAGGGUUGGAAAGGAAACUUAAUAGUACAGAGAAAACUAUUUGUUCUUAUCAACCGUUCUCGGCGACGCAACCAGAGGAAGACGAUACUGAGGCGUCGAGACCUAGAGUAAAGGACUUAUAUGAUAGUUUUGUCAGUGCUCGGGACCACGAGGAAAGAGGGCUGCCUGACAAACAGUCGGGGACUAGGACAGAAGCCAAACCUCGCGCUGGCAACACGAUAUUUGUUUGUGGACAUAAAAUAUCAGAAGAUUUUCUCAAGAAACACUUCCAAACAUUUGGACCGAUUGUAAAUAUUUCUAUGGAAACAGAGAAGAACCGAGGAUUCAUAACAUUUGACAAAGCUGAGGUGGCGGAAAGAGCCAUCAGUGAAAUGGACGGCAGCAUGGUAUCGUCGAUACAGCUGAAAGUGUCUUUAGCGCGAAGGCAGCCUGUGAUAGAUCCCAUUAACGACACCACAUCGAGUUCGAUGUGGUCUUCAGUAGCAGCCAGUUACUCCCAAAAGAGUUCGCAUAAGGAUAGACGAGAUCUAAAGGUUUACGACGAAGAUCUCUUUGGAUAAAUGGACUAAGAAGCUUGAUGGGAGUUGUAAUAGGACUUUUAUAAUUGUGCGUUUUACCUGUGAAAAUUGAGUGGAGCCGAUACCUGGACUUGCGGUGUACAGGUACUCUAGAGAAACGAAGGUAAAUUUUUAAAUAGCCAAGCUAAAUAUCGUCGAGACUACUUGGAUAUUUAUGGAAAAGGAGAUUGUUAAGUUUGCCUAAAGUGUAAAUAAUUUACAGAUUUAUUAAAACGUAGGUAACCAUCAACAAUAUAAUUAAUAAACAAUAAUAAUUUGAUAAAUCAAACUAUAGGGUUGUGUACAAAUCCACUAUCAUCAUUAUAUCAAAAUAAUAGUGCAUUAAUCUGUUUCGAGGGAUACGUAUGGCGUAUAUGCGAAGCCGUUUUUGUCACAUUUCAAAUGUUCAUGUGCUCUGAAAUAUUUCUUCAUAAAAUCGUGCACCGAUGACAUCAGCUUCAUUGCGGCGGGUUGAAGUAAUCCCAAUGAUGAUGAUGUGUCACGGUUCU